AUCAAACAAGGAAUGGGUCCCAGCUCAGCUGAACCCACCAAACUGAAGGUUGCUAUUGCUAAGCUUAAAACUUCUACAGUACACGUUAUGCGGGUGAGAGUGUGUUUAAUGACCAACGGGUCAUCGAAAGUUGUCUGAUAUUACUUAGUGAAGAAGACGUAGAAGAAAGACCAAUAUAUAUAAGCCUCGCGUGGAGGUUUUGGCUCCCUAUUCGCUCUCGCAAUGGCUCGCUUCCUUUCAGUCCUCUCCGACUCUCACCUCUGACUGACUUUACCAGUACAACCCAAACCCUAACCCUAAUUCUUAUUUCACCCAUCUUCAUUACAUUUUCUUUUUCUUAAAAUCGCUCUGAUUUGAAUCCAUAAUUGGGUUUUUUUUCAAGUUUCAAUCGGUUUUUUUUUUUUUAAUUUCUUUCGGUCUUCAAUUUUUAUUGUUAUAUUUGGGAAAACGAUCAACAAUUUUGGUUAUUUUCGGCUUGAGAUUUUAUGGGUCGUAAGUCUUCAACCUCGCUCGCUCCUGGGUUUCGAUUCCAUCCAACUGAUGAAGAGCUUGUUAGCUAUUACCUGAAACGGAAGGUCUGCGGUAAACCUGUGCGCGUCGACCCUAUCUCCGUCGUUGAUAUUUAUAAGACCGAGCCUUGGGAUCUUCCUGGUAAAUCAAAGCUGAAGUCUAGGGACUUGGAGUGGUAUUUCUUCAGUGCUUUGGAUAAGAAGUAUGGAAACGGUUGGAGGACCAAUCGGGCUACUGAGAAAGGGUACUGGAAGACUACCGGGAAAGACCGCCCCAUCAAUCAUAAAUCCCGAACUGUUGGGAUGAAGAAAACCCUUGUCUUCCAUACUGGGCGAGCUCCUAAAGGCGACAGAACCAACUGGGUCAUGCAUGAGUACCGCCUCGAAGAUGAGGAAUUGAAGAACGUGGGAAUUCAACAGGAUGCGUUUGUGCUCUGUAGGAUAUUCCAAAAGAGCGGUACUGGGCCCAAGAAUGGGGAGCAGUAUGGGGCACCUUUUAUUGAGGAAGAGUGGGAAGAUGAUGAGGUCCCGACUGGUGAAGAGGUGCAGACUGGUGAAGUGGUACUUGGUGAUGGUGCGUUUGUUGACGUAAUUGAAUCUAAUCAGACUUUUGGCACAGUUGCUCCAUCAGGAAUUGGUGCCCUUCCAUUGAAUAUUCAUCAUGAAGAUGCAAACAACUAUCUUCAGAACAUUGGAGACCUUGCUGAAGAUGCUCCAUCAGAAGUUGCUCCUCCACCAGCUUUCUAUUAUGGUGAGACAAGCAACUAUGUUGAGCACUCUGGGGACUAUGCUGAAGAUGGUUCGAAGCCUAUUAUAGGCAGCGAAACUUCAGAUCUUGGCGAGAGAGAGAAUUUAUUUGAAUUACCAGGGCAAUAUGCGAUGAAUACACCGGUCAAGGAUGAAUACUAUGUUCAACCAAACAUUAGUCAAAAUCCAAAUCCUGCUGAAGAAUACUUUGUUCUACCAAGUAAUAAUGGAAAUCCUGUUGAUGUCGAUUAUUCACUUGGUGAACAAUAUCUAGAUGCCGCGGACAGUCUUCCAUUUGAUGAGGGAUUAUACCUAGAAACCAAUGAUCUUUCAAACCCUAUUGAGGCCAAUCCUGCAGAAUUUGAUAUUCUUGAUGAGUGCCUAAACUACUUUGAUGCAAAUGAGGACAUCUCUCAGUACCUGGAUUUUGAUAUGUGGACCGAAAAUAAUGUUACUGAAGAAGGGCUUCCUUUGCAAACGCCGGUGACUGGAGAACCUGAGGCUGAUCCCAUAGGAACCAAACAGUGCUUGGAAGAACAUACUGAUACCAGUGGGGCUUCUUCUUCAAAUCAAAAGGCAGAUGUCAAGUUUGAGCCUGACUUUAAAUAUCAAUUCAGCAAACAAGCUAGUCAAAUGUUGGGAAGCAUCCCUGCUCCUCCUGCAUUUGCAGCGGAGUUUCCUACUAAAGAUGCGACUCUCCUGAGUUCUGUUGCACAAUCUUCCAAUUCAGUUCAUGUAACUGCUGCCAUGAUCAGAAUACGAAACUUAAGAGUAGAUGGCGAUAGGAUGGGCUGGUCUUACGGAAAGAAUGACAAUGUUGACAUUUUCCUAUCUGAUCUUAGUUCUGCUUCUAUGGUUUCUAUGGUGCCAAUGGCUGACACACUCUCUGGCAAGGCAGCAUCCGUGGUGACAAAAGGCUUGUUCUGGUUUUUGUUCAUUUGGGUAUUAAUCAUUUCUGUGAGCUUUAAAGUCGGGAGCCAUAUAUGUGCCAGGUAGAGCAUCAGCAGUUAGGAGUACACGGCAUAAGUAUCCAAGAGAGAUUUUGCAGUAAAUCCACCUCGAUUACCUCUUUAGGAUCUUAUGCGAAUCGGGUUCAAAUAAUCUGUGUGUACUACAUUACUACUUAACUAACGAUUUUUAAAUUUGACAGAUGCAAGGCGUGUUUGAUUUAUUUGUUAGUUGUAUCUUACAUUAUUUUAUUGUAAGUUCGUAAUGAAUAUACUUUGGAUUAAAAUAUAUAAUAUGUAUACAUCGUAGACUUGUAGAUGGAUGAAUGAUUUGUGUAAAUGAAUUGUGGUUGUUAA